CGUUUCGAGUGUAUACUGAACCACGCACAGCCCUGAGAGCAACUGUCCGUUUACUGUGUGGUGUUUUUGAAUCGUGAAUAUAAUUACAUCCUCUCAAAAAGUAGAUUAAUCGGUGGUGCUUGUAGUGGGUGUGAGCGCGCGUUUCGAAUUAAGUGUGACACCUGUUGAUAUCAUCCCGGAGGCGAUUGAUAAUACCGGGGCUCGGGAACCGUGCAGAGUGAGAUAUUCCAUUAGCGUUUGUUUACCGAAAAAAAAUUGUGCAAACGGUGGUUGAGCGAUAACGAAAACGUUGCGGUAGCAACGUAAUCAAGUUGGACUAACGUGUUGAAACAGAUUUGGAUAAUUUUCCCGGAAAACGACAAUUAGUGCAUCUGUUUGGAGUGGUUGAAGGCGGUUAGCCGAUGAAUAUUAAUGUUGCAUAUUUGCGAUAAGAAACAGUAUUGAGUGAGGACAGAGACAUUCCGCAGUAGCGAGAAGCCGCGUGAGAAACCACAUCGAGGCGCUACCAAAUCGGUGGCGCUAAAAAUUCCAUCGCAUCUCUCCACAACGACACCACGUUCUACUCCCACACCAACAAUGCCGGGAACAUGCCACAGGCUGCGCAUUCCGUCGCUCGUCAGUAAUGGGUCCUCGAAGGGCGCCAGCGAUUGUGAGCCCGUUACACCGCGGAAAGAACGCCACCGAGUCACAAUGAUGGGGGCGGCCAGAGUGGGCAAAUCGUCCAUCAUUUCACAGUUUUUGUACGAAAAGUAUCUAUCCCGGUACAAGCAAACCAUCGAGGAGAUGCACCGAGGGGAGUACGAGCUGCCGGAUGGAUCAUGUCUUACACUGGACAUUCUGGACACCUCCGGAUCAUAUCAGUUCCCUGCGAUGAGAGAGUUGUCCAUCAAAACCAGUGGAGCUUUCAUACUCGUCUUCGCCGUGGAUGACGAGGAAACUUGGCACGAGGUGGAACGAUUAAGGAAACAGAUUGUCGAGGCCCGUGGCAUCCGGGUACCAAUCGUGAUCGUCGGCAACAAGUGCGACGUCGUAGAGCAGAGCCGUCAGGUACCUCAAGCCACGGCCCAGGCCAAGUCCACCCUCGAGUGGGGCUGCGGUUAUGCGGAAUGCUCGGCCAAAAACAACGAAGGAAUUCUGACGGUUUUCAAGCAGCUGCUCCGCCAGGCCAACAUCGAAUACAAUCUCAGCCCAGCCGUCCGCCGGAGAAGGAAAUCACUUCCGAACUGUCCAAGCCAGAGCCAAAAUCGGGUCGCUUCGGCCAAAUACUAUCUCAAGCGGCACUCCUGCUCGGUUCAGUGAGCGGUUUGCGGAGUGCGUGCGUCAGGAGAUUGUGUGCCAGGAUUGAAUGCGUAGGAGAGCAGUUCUAAAGUGACCAACCGAUAAUAUUGAACAACAAUAAUGGAAACGAUAUAACGAAGCACUUUUUACCAUUGUACCCCACAGAUCCCACGUAUUGAAUGUUAAAGUAAAAAGUAUAUUACGUUACUUUUAUUAGGGCGCUUUGAGCAGCAGGCUAUUCGGUUCACUUAGGUGUUGUGUAACAAGAGACGAUAGAUGCGUAGCAUUGAAGAGAAUGUGAAAAAUAAUUGGGUAUGUGAGAAGUGCAUUACUUGUGUUGUUUAUCGAAUUGGUAAUAAUAUUUAUAGGUGAAAUAUACGAUAUUCAACGUCAAGCUUAACGGAAUGCAGAUAUAUAUAUAUGAAACAAGAAGAAAUAAGACUUUUUAUGAAAUUUAUACACCCAAGAACAAACCAAAGCUUACAAUAAAAUGUUAUAUUCUUAGAUUUUGAA